AACACACCUGCAAAUUUUCCACUUUCACCUCUUACUGUUUCGGAAGUGAAAGUUUUCUCUCAUUUCACUGAAAUUGACCGUUAAGUGCUAAUUAUUAUAUUAACAACGAAAGUUAACAACGGUAUUUGCGUGAAAGAUGUGUAAAAUGUUGAAUAUUGUUAAUUUUAUAAUAUGUGUGGCCACAUUCAGUCAGACGAUGGACCCUUGUAUAGCUAUGAAGCGCGGUCCUCAUCAUCCGCGUAGUGAGCAAUCGAAAACGCGUAAAGUGGAUCAGCAUUUGACGCAUGAAGAGCACCGCAUCGAUGACGACCUUAAGGAUAUGGGCAUCAAUGUAAACUUGGAGGACAUGUCCGAGGAGGAGAAGAAUUUUUACUAUUUUAAGAUACACGACAGCGACAAUAACAAUGCACUCGAUGGACUGGAGAUGCUGCAAGCAGCCAUACAUCAAGAUGAGCAUUUCAAAAAAGUCGAUCGCGAUAACUUUUUGCACAAUGCCAGCGAAGAAUUAACUCACAUCAUUGAGGUUAUUGAUGAGUUCCUGCAAAUUGCGGAUGCUAAUAAGGAUGGCUUCCUACAUUAUCCAGAAUAUGUGAAAGCUGUUACUGGUGCUCCAGAGGGAGCAUAAGGUGCUUAAUAAGAGUUCAAUGAUAACCAGAGAGGAAAGGUGAAGAGUAGUUAAAUAAUAGUUUUAGGAAAAUUAGCUCAACUUUUGAAAGCAAGUAAAUGCUCCGGUUUUUGCCAAAAAAAAAAAAAA